ACUAAAGAACCAAAAUGGAUUAGCCCUGAGGCCAGAAAAUUGCAGCGCUAACCCAGAUCAGCUUAAUUAACAUCAGUAAGGGAUUAGUUAUUUACACUAAUUAACAUUUUACCCAAUCCUAUUGGGACACCAAGAUUUACCAAUAGUAAUGGUUAAUUACCAAUAAGUUUCUCUUGAUCUUUUCCUUAGUUUGUUCAACUAGAAUCGAAUCGGUUUUUCUUGGUCAGUUGGUCACUUGGCACGAGGUUUUUGUCCAUAGUUGACCAUUCAUUCAAUUGAUGAGCAACAAAUAUACAAAUUCUUACAAUAAUCAUGAUGAAAUUAACUAAUUUUUUUCUUUUUCUAUUUCUUCUUAAUUGUGAUAAUAUUGAUUCCGCUUUGAUUACCAACAAAACUGUUCCAACAAUUUUCGAUAUAAUUUUACCUUAUCUAAGAUUGAAUAGACUUCAAGUUUUCCAAGGGUCUAAAUGUUUCAACAAUUUAGGCUGUUUCAAUGCCCGUGAAGUUUGGCAUCCAGUUAAUAGGCCACUUUCAUUUACACCGGAAGAUCCUGAGGCGAUUGGGACAAAGUUUUACCUUUUCACCGAUGCGAAUCAAAUUGAACCACAAUUAGUUAAUAGUGAUAAUGUUACUGGAAGUAAAUUCAAUCCAAAAUUUAAAGUAAUUAUGGUAACUCAUGGAUAUUAUUAUGACAAUUUCUUUGGACAAUAUCAAAAGGUGGCGUUUGCUAAAUUAAGGAAAGCCAUCUAUUCAAAUGGUAAAGUUAAUUAUAUUUUUGUCGAUUGGGGUCGAGGUGCGACCACUUGGUAUGUACAGGCCACUGCUAAUACUCGAGUUGUGGGCGCUCAAAUUGCUGAAUUCAUUCAGAGUUUGAUGAAAAUUUACAAAUUGUCACCUUUGAAUUUUCACUUGAUUGGUCAUUCGCUUGGUGCUCAUGUGGUUGGUUAUGCUGGUUCUGUGAUAAAAAAUCUCGAUCGAAUCACCGGACUUGAUCCAGCUAAGCCCUAUUUCGAGGAUAUGCCCGCUCGAUUUAGACUGGACCGUAGCGAUGCCAAUUUCGUCGAGGUGAUUCACACAAAUUCACCUCGAAAAUUUCAUCCCUUUGGUUUUGGUACUGCAAAGAUCGUUGGUCAUUUAGACUAUUAUCCAAAUGGUGGAAAUGCUCAACCAGGUUGUCACCAGGAUAAUGUUGAUGCCUUGAAUACUGGACUUGAAAAUGGGAUCCAAAGAGCUGGAAUUUGUAAUCACGAAAGGUCAAUACUUUUCUGGGCAGAAUCACUUGAGGCACAAAGAUGUCGAAUGAUAUCUUUCGGCUGUGAAUCGUACGAAAAGUUCAGAUCGGGUGAUUGUUACCUUUGCGGGGAGAAUGGGGAAAAUUGCGCUAUCGUUGGAUCGGAAAAUCAGAGGAUGUUGAAGAAAAGCCAAAAGUUUUUCCUACUUACAACGGCGAAUGCGCCAUUUUGUGUUUACCAUUUCAGAGUAUCACUGAAUUUAGGCCAAUUCCCUGAAUUGGUUGACAGUUCAAAGGGGCAGCUUACAGUCAACUUCACCGACGACACAAGUUCAACUGCCGUUGGUCGAUCUGAACUUGUCCCUCUAAACCCAAAUUCGAUAAUCAGUUUUCUAGCCAUAGGCGAUGAAAUUUCGACUAUCAGAAAACUCGCAAUAAUUUGGACACAAAAUGAGCAACAAUUAACCAAAACUAACUUAUUGAUAAAAUCAAUGGAAAUAAUUCCAAUGAAUCUUUGGAAUGAUCAACUUAAAGUUUCUCGAACAACAUCAAUCGGUUCAUUUAAAUUAGAACCUUUUAGAGAAAAAAUUUUCACCUUUUAGACUAAACAAUUAAAAGCAUUUUAAUCAGUUUGCAAGUUUAAAAUCAUAACAUUAAUCAAUCAAUUUGUACUUUUUGUCUUAAAAGUUUAAUUUUAGUGACAAUAAUAGUUUACACACACAAACAGCAGAUAGAGAAAGAGAAAGUCAGAGAGAGAGA